CAUAGUUCUCUAGGCUGGAGAGGGGCUGGCUGACCACAGAAAAACCAUCCGGGAGGUGAAAAUCUCUGUAUUACUAUGAACAUUGAUAAGAAAGAUGGCCCAAAACUUAAUAAAAUGGAGAAGAAGUUCUUAAGGAAACAGAGUAAAGCCAGACAUGUGUUGCUGAAACAUGAAGGCAUCCAGGCAGUACCUUAUCCCACUAAGAGUCUGGUUGUUGCCAAUGGUGGUCUUGGUAAUGGUGUGAGUAGGAAGCAACUGCUUUUGGCUUUAGAGAAAUGUGGACACGUGGAAGCUCUCCUAAUGCCACCUAAUAAGCCUUAUGCAUGUGUAAUAUACAAAACUAUCGAAGAAUCCAAGAAAGCCUAUGCUAACCUCAAUGGAAAAGAAAUCAUUGAUGAUUUGGGGCAGAAGAUCAUUCUGUACUUAAAUUUUGUGGAAAAAGCACAAUGGAAACAUUUGGAGCUUCAAGCCUUACCUCCAGGCCUCUUGGUGGUAGAAGAAAUUAUUUCUUCUGAGGAUGAGAAAAUGCUUUUGGAAAGUGUUAAUUGGACAGGAGACACAGACAAUCAGAAUUUUCAAAAAUCCUUAAAACACAGAAGAGUUAAACAUUUUGGUUAUGAAUUCGAUUAUGAGAGCAACACUGUGGAUAAGGAUAAGCCCUUACCUGGGGGUCUUCCUGACAUUUGCAACAGCAUUUUGGAGAAAUGGUUGAAAGAAGGUUACAUUAAACAUAAACCUGAUCAGUUGACCGUAAAUCAGUAUGAGCCUGGACAUGGAAUCCCUGCUCAUAUUGACACACAUUCGGCAUUUGAGGAUGAGAUCAUUUCUCUCAGUUUGGGAUCAGAGAUUGUUAUGGAUUUUAAGCACCCAGAUGGUGUCACAAUACAAGUUAUGUUACCUCGUCGGAGUUUGCUGGUGAUGACAGGAGAAUCUAGAUAUCUUUGGACUCAUGGAAUUACACCCAGAAAAUUUGAUACUGUCCAAGCAUCUGAGCAGUUCAAAGGUGGAAUAAUCAAGAGUGACGCCGGAGACUUGACUCUAAGCAAGCGGGGAAUUCGAACAUCAUUCACGUUUAGGAAAGUGAGGCAUGUGCCCUGCAGUUGUAGGUACUCCUCGGUCUGUGACACAAAGAGGAAGGCCACACCUCCCUGCCUUCCAGAGAGCAGUAAAGAAGCAUGGCAGCUGGAGCAAGAUCAUGUCCAUCGCGUAUAUGAUUUGAUUGCAAGGCACUUCAGCAGCACAAGGCACAGCCCAUGGCCGCGUAUCGUGGAGUUCCUGAAAGCUUUGCCAAGUGGUUCUAUAGUGGCAGAUAUUGGAUGUGGAAAUGGAAAGUACCUUGGCAUCAACAAGGAGUUAUAUAUGAUUGGGUGUGAUCGUAGCCAGAACCUUGUAGACAUUUGUAGAGAGAGGCAGUUCCAGGCCUUAGUCUGUGAUGCACUGUCAGUUCCAUUCCGAAGUGGGUGUUUUGAUGCUUGCAUCUCCAUUGCUGUCAUUCACCAUUUUUCAACUGCGGAGCGUAGAGUGGCAGCUCUCCAAGAACUUGCCCGUCUCCUGAGACCUGGAGGGCAGGCCCUCAUAUAUGUCUGGGCAAUGGAACAAGAAUAUAAAAAUCAGAAGUCUUCAUACCUUCGAGGGAGCAAAACUAGCAACGAAGAUAAAGAGGACAUAAACGGUGAUAAGUCUACUGAAGGGUUUCUAGUAAAUCAGAUUACGGAUGGAGGCAGUGAAGACCCACCAUCAUCUCUCCCCUCCACUGUUAACAUCAAGGAGGAAGGAUGUCAGCCAAGGAAAGUUGAGCUUCCUGUCCAUACAAACAGGACUUGUUUUCAUUCCCAAGAUGUGCUGGUUCCCUGGCACCUCAAGGGCAACCCCGAUAAAGACAGGGCUAUUGAGCCAUUUGACUUAACAAGAAGCCCUGACCCAAGUCCUGUGUUUCAUCGUUACUACCAUGUUUUUUGUGAUGGAGAAUUAGAAGCUUCCUGCCAGGCUCUGGGUGAUAUAAGCAUUCUGAAGAGCUACUAUGAUCAAGGGAAUUGGUGUGUUGUUUUUCAAAAGGUCUGAUCAUUUAUCUGAACUUAUCAAGUGUAAGUAAAAAAAAAAAAAAGCCUAUCUACUUUUUAGAAGGAAGCUAAAUUAUUUUUUUAAUUAAUGAGGAAACCUGGGGGGGACAUUACCAAAGGAGAGCUAAGAGCAGAGUUUACUUAGGUAACAUUCUGUCUGCUACUGUUGACUGACUUCAUAAAUCUAUGUUCCUCUCACAUGCCUUCUAAGUAUGGUAUUUGAAAGUGAUUGGCAUUAACUUGUGGAAAGUCUGUGAUCUUUUUGUAAGGGUACAGCAUUUUGAAUAUAAGCUUUUGUUAUAAAGUGUUUAUAAAGAUCCUAAACUAUGGAGGGUCAUAAUAAAGCAAUUAUAUAACCUUUAAAUGAAGUGAAUAUUCCUGGACAAUAGGAAAUUAUCUAAAGUUUUAUCUACAACUGCUUGUUCCCAAAAAGUCAUAGUUACUUUCUCACUUCAUCUUUCUAGAACAUUGUGGAUGCCCAUAAAUUUUAAUCAGAUGAUUAUCAGAUAUAAGAGAAACUUCAUUGAACAGAUACUCAUAAAACUCCUACCAUUUACUGUUAUGUACUAGUUUUGGAGUUGU